AUGGUCCUUCUACUUCUCUGGUUAUUGCCGGGAAGCGCAGGGCGUCCUGAUCUUUCUGAUCAAAAGGGUCCACAGCGUCUGGGCAAUCUUGCCGAAGUGGCGUCUGAAACUCCCACGAGUUUUCGGAGUCGGGGUAUCCCCGUUACUUCACCAGAUUUUGAGUCUGACCCUGGUGACGACGUCGUCGCACAAGUCGUUCCACGUGAUAGUGGACGUCACCGUUCUCAUCGAGAAGAGUCGGUGGCGUGCGGUGACGACCGGGUCGACCGCCGAUCGGUGACUCGCGACGCUGUUCGAGCCCUAGCGGGUGAGAUCCUUCGUGGUCGAAGCUCCGCUGAACGUCAUGCUGAAGUAGCAUAUCGCUGUGCGGAUGCUCUUGAUGAUUUAAAGUGCAUCGUGCGCCGGCUGCCUCGCCUUGAGGACUACCGCGCUCUGUCGGAGCGACUCCAAGCCGUGGAGCAGGCGAAUGCGUCACUGCAUGCGACGGUGCGACGCUUUGCUCCAUUGGAGAUGGAGGUUGUUGCACUCCGUGCUCAGAAGCAGUUGCUAGUUCAGUCUCUGGGUGGCCGAAGGCCCAAAGAUUCGUUCUGGCGCCAACGCUUCCGCGUUCACAUGCGCCGGAUCCCGGUACGGCUUGAGCAAGCCCACGAAAAACACCGGGUGGGUGCGCAUCCGUUUGGGAAGGUUUAG